AAGCAAACAUGGACGUCACAUGUGAGAGAAUGACCUAAACAUGAUCCUGCUUUCCGAGGGGAAAAACCAGCACAGACAACAAGCUCCACUGACUUCCUGUCGCAGAUUUUCAAAGUAAAAGUAGACCUAAAGACUGACGGCUCCUCGGGUAGGACACAGACAAGAUGAAGUGGCUGCAAAGACACCAGGGACUUUGAGUUUAAUUGGAGGGCAGAGCGGCGGCAUGACGGAGGAGAAAUGUCCGCAGCUGGUGGACUACUUUGUGGUGGCGGGUCUGGACCCUGCGGGGGCCUGGAGGCCGCUGGACGAGGACGGAAAAACCUCCUCCUCUUCCUCCUCGCCGUCCUCCUCCUCAUCCACGUCGGGCCGGUCGGUGGAGUCGGUGACGGAUCUGGCGGUGAUUGCUCGGGGUCUGGGGGAGGAGGUGCCGGAGGGCUUCACCUGCAUCGAGAGGACGCUGGGCGGACACUGUGCGGAGCUGAGCGCCGGCCUCAUCAAUAACCCUCACCUGUACCUGUGCUACCGGCGGGGGCGGGACAAACCCCCCAUCCUCGACCUCGGGGUGCUGUAUGAGGGGAAGGAGCAGCUGAAGCAGGGCUGGUACGUCAUUGAGACGACGCCGUACAGCCGCUCGGCGAGCCUGAGCUCCGGCGGCGGCCCGGCGGCUCACCGGGUGUUCCUGACGUACCGCCGUGCGCUGGACUCCCAGGGCCUGCACACACUCGGCGUCACCGACAUCGCCCUGCUGCUGCCCGGCAAGGCAGAGGUGGCACCGCACACCUUCUGCCGCGUCGACAAGAACCUCAACACCGGCAUGUGGGGUCCGGCUCUCUAUGUGUGCUAUAAGCGAGCUGUGGCCAAAGCCAACGCCCUGGUGUACAAAGCCAGUCUGAUCAGCCGGUACCCUCAGGAGGACCUGGAGGCCUUCCCUCUCCCCGAGUCGGUGCCGGUCUUCUGUCUGCCGAUGGGCGUCACCGUGGAGAGCUGGCCUCUCAACACCAAGUACCAGCUGCCCGUCUUCUCCACCUUCGUGCUCACCUCCGCCUGCGGGGACAAGGUGUACGGAGCAGCGAUCCAGUUCUACGAGUCGUUCUCCCGGGACCUGCUGUCGGAGCGGCAGAGCGUUCGGCUCGGGCUGCUGAGCGUGGUGGACCGCCGGCCCAUCAGCAGCCGCAGCCUGCAGGUGAAGAAGAGCAUCUGUGUCCUCUCCCACUGGCCCUUCUUCACCGUCUUCCAGAAGUUUCUCACCUUUGUCUACAGAUACUCCAUCUCCGGGCCCCACGUGCUGCCGCUCGAGAAACACAUCUCCAGCUUCAUGCACAACGUCCCGUUUCCUUCCCCGCAGCGGCCUCGCAUCCUCGUCCAGCUCUCUCCGUACGAUAACCUGGUGCUCUGCCAGCCCGUCUCCUCUCCGCUCCCCCUCAGUGGAGCGAGUUUCCUGAAGCUGCUGCAGAACCUUGGUCCGGAGAACGCCUGCACGCUGCUGCUCGCCGUCCUCACCGAACACAAGCUGCUGCUGCACUCUCUGAGACCCGACGUCCUCACCUCCGUCAGCGAGGCCCUCGUCUCCAUGAGCUUCCCGCUGCGAUGGAUCUGUCCCUACAUCCCUCUGUGUCCGCUGCAGAUGGCCGACGUCCUGCUGGCGCCGAUGCCCUUCAUCGUGGGCGUCCACUCCAGCUACUUCGACCUGUACGACCCCCCCACCGACGUGGUGUGUGUGGACCUGGACACCAACACCAUCUUCCAGUCAGACGACAAGAAGCCGCUGUCAUGGCGAUCUUUACCCAGAAAACCCGGCAAGACGCUGUUCAACACGCUGACCAACCUGCACAAGACGCUGGAGCAGAUCUGCACCCCCGGCCAGGAGGAGGCGACGCUGGAGUUCCUGCUGACGGACUACGAUCAGAUCUACCGCAGCCAGAAGCAGCUGGAGCUGGAGAUCCAGGAGGCCUUCCUGCGCUUCAUGAGCGUCCUGCUGCGGGGGUACCGCUCCUUCCUGCUGCCCAUCACCCAGGCCCCCUCCGACACCACCACCGACUGCAGCUCGCUCUUCAACCUGCAGGGCUUCCUGAAGUCUCGGGACCGAACGCAGCAGAAGAUCUACGGCCAGCUGACGAGAACCCAGAUGUUCACGCAGUUCAUCGAGGAGUGCUCCUUCGUCAGCGACCGCCACGCCUGCCUCGAGUUCUUCGACGAGUGCGUCCAAAAGGUGGACGUGGAGAAGCCCGAGGAGGUCCGGCUCAUCGACCUGGACGAGUCUCAUGGAGGAGAACACACCGUCUUCAUCAUGCCUCCGGAAGAACCGCAAGAACCGGACGGGUCCGAGUGUCCCGCCCUCUACAGUUACGAGACGUUCCCCGCUCUGAGGCCGGAGCUGUUCGAGAGGCCCCAGGAUCAGCUCAGGGUCCCCGCCAAGGGCAGCGCCCCCAGCAGCCCGGCCCCCCGCCGCACCAAACAGGAGAUAAAGCUGGCGCAGAAGCGUGCGCACAAGUACUCGGCGGUGCCGGACAUGUGGUCCAAGUGUCUGCUGGGUCACUGCUACGGCCUGUGGUUCAUCUACCUGCCCACCUUCGUGAGGGCCGAGAGCGCCAAGGUGCGCGCACUGCACGCCGCCUACGAUGUGCUCAAACACAUGGAGAACCGCAAGGUGGUGCUGCCGGACGAGGUGUGUUACAGAAUCCUGAUGCAGCUGUGCGGUCAGUACGGUCAGCCGGUGCUCGCCGUGCGCGUCCUGCUGGAGAUGAAGAAGGCGGGCAUCACUCCCAACACCAUCACCUACGGAUACUACAACAAGGCGGUGCUGGAGAGCAAGUGGCCAUCGACCAAUCAGGGAGGCCGGCUGCGCUGGGCUAAGCUGAGGAACGUCCUAUUGGCUGUGGCUCAGUUCAGGCAGCCAAUCAGACGCCGGCAGAAGAACGGAUCAGUGGGGUCUCAUGGAGAGGAGGUGAUGUCCCGCCCCCACUCGACUCUGAUUCGUCAGUCGAGUUGGAGCGGUUUGUCUGAUAGCUCGAGUCACGAGUCUCUGACGGGGGGGCUGGUGAAGAGCAGCAGCCUGAGCAGCAUGAAGACCCCCGCUGACAAGGUGAAGCUCUGCAGGAAGACACUGUUGCGUAACACGGGGACAAACGGGGAUGACUCCGUCUCCAGGAAACCCCCGCUGGGCCGCAGGGACACUUCCACCCCCCCUCCAGCGCCCCCCGGUGGGGCUCUGGUGCCGCGCAGCCAGGUCUGCCUCUCCACCUUUUACAAGGAGUGUUCAGAGGCCGCGGAGCCCGAGCCGGAUUGCAGCUGCCACCCUGCGGAGAGGGGGGGCCGACCUGUGUCGACGCGAGACCCCGGCCGGAGCAAAGCGGUGGACGAGAACUACAACAACGUUGCCUCCCCCAGCAGGGGGGGGCUGGCAGGGAAACUGCAGCAGCUCCUCACCCCCACCAGGCACAGAGGAGCACGACGCGCCGCCAGUGUGGAUGACAGGCGAGGGGUAGGAAGAGGGGGAGGAGGAGGGGGAGGAGGAAUCGGACGCAGGGUAUCUGAGCAGAGGACGUCCAGGAAAUCUCAAGUAGCAGAAACUCUGCUGAGAGCCAAAGACAGGCUGGUCAACGCCACGUCAGAGAGUUCGUUGUCAGUAGGAAGUGACCUCGACCUGGCGGAGACGCCCAUCCCUGUGUUUCCUCUGCGUCGGUCCUGGGACGCCAACCAGGAGACGAUCGGACUCGAGGUGUUGAUGUCCAGCUGCUCUCUGUGUCGCAGCUGUAACUCGUUGGUUUACGACGAGGAGAUCAUGGCCGGCUGGACGUCGGACGACUCAAACCUGAACUCGUCGUGUCCGUUCUGCGGCACCUCCUUCGUCCCCUUCCUGAACGCAGAGAUCUGCGACCUGGGUCCCGUCGGCAGUGUGGAGCGCAGCAACUGGAACGUGGAUGAGGAGGUGGAGAGCGCGGCGCGGCCCCCCAGUGGUCAGGAGGCGCCGCUGCGGCCGCAGUGCAAUGGUGUGAGCGAAGACUCCAGCUCAGAGACCAGCAGCUACUCCGAGACCAGCAGGACCACCACGCCUCCCCCCCUCCCCCAGGGCUCGUGGACGGGCGCCCCCCCCCAGGUGACGGUGGCGUACCUGAGCCCUCUGGUGCUGAGGAAGGAGCUGGAGAGUCUGCUGGAGAACGAGGGGGAGGCGGUGCUGGCUCAGCUGCAGUUCCUGGACAGCCACUCCAUCAUCUUCUGGAACCUCCUGUGGUACUUCCAGCGCCUCGGGCUGCCCAGCAACCUGCUGCAGCUGGUGAGGGCCUCGCCACUGGUCAGCUCCUUCACACAGUCGGAGAGCUCAGCGGUGAGGGUGAGGCUGCUGUGGGACACGCUGACCCCCGACACCGACCUGUGGCCCCCCCUCUACAUCCUCUGGAGGAUCCACAGCGGCGUUCCGAUGAGGAGCUACUGCUGGCGGCGCCACAGCCACCCCUUCACGCUGGCCUUCCUGGAGGAGGUGCUGCGCUGGGUCGGGAUGAACGAGGUGCACAAAGCCAUCACGCUCUUCCUGGAGACGCUCGCCAAGCAGCCGGGGGGGGGCUGCACCCAGAGGAGUCUGUACAGGGAGUUCCUCUUCCUCACGCUGGCAGCGAUGGGCAAAGACCACGUCGCUGCGUUCGAUAAGAAGUACAAGGCGGCAUACUCUCGCCUCAGCAGCACUCUGGGUCGGGAGGAGCUCCGGAAGAACCGAGCGCAGCCGCUCAGCCCCAAAGCAACGGACUGCCGACGCAGCUUCCACCCCCCCCUCGAGUGCUGAGGGCGCAGGAAAACCGUUGUGAGAAGACUCCUGCUGCUCCUCUGCGCUCUCAGGUGAAGGAGGUCUGGAGGGGAGGGCUCCUCUGGAUCCAUGCAUCCGUCAGGAGGACCGGCUCGGGAUCGUGCAGCUGUGCACUUUCUGUUUUUACUUUUUAAAAAUAGGUCAAAUAAGGAACGCUCCGAACACGAGACGUCAAACUCCCAGACAGAAUCUUCAGCGUGCAGGGCGUCACAGAUUUAUUGCUUUAAACAGUUCCUCCACGUCAUCAUCCAUCUCCGCUUGUCUGUGUGUUUGUCGGGUUGCACACUCUGUUGAUGUUUCGGUAAAAAAGGGAAAAUGAGGUCAGAAAUAAAAGCUUAUCAGCAAGAAGCUAAGAGAUAUAAACUCUGAAGAUUAAAGAGGCCCUAUUCUGCUUUUCGGUCUCCCUCUCUGUGUGUUCUACAGGUUUGUGUGCAUGUAAAUGGUCUGUAAAGGCUGAAAUCCCUCCCACUCACUGCCUGAAACGCGUCCGAUUGGCUCCUUUGUUUCCUUCUAUAACAUAGUGACAUCACGAUGGAACAAAACUCACGCUCCCAUUGGCUACCACUCCAACACGUUGUUCAUGAUAGCAGGAAAGAGCCUUUUGAACAUUAUGGAGACGCUACACACUGAUACACACCUGGACCUCAGCAGAACAGGGCUCCUUCACAUCGGAGCAAAAGGGAAAUCGUCUGCACGUCUCAAAGGGAAUUUUCCAUCCGAACGAGACGGAUCAUUUCUGCGCCUGAAGGAAGAGAGUCCCCCUGAGAAUGAUUCAUCAGUAGGGAAAUAAGGAGCUGAUUUCAACUGAAUUCCUUACUAAUGACCUCCAUUAAAACAGGAGGUGGUACUGGGUUGUGAGUGGGUUUUGGGGCAGUGAUUAAGGCUGGGGGCCGUUUGUGUAAAAAAAGAUGUUUCGUUUUUGUAUUUUUCUUUUUGUGAGCGCUUGGUUUCUGUCUGCUGAAACGAGAGUGAAAGACUUUCAAAGCAGAGAAACACGAGUGUGACCCCCCCCCCCCCCCCCCAGUGUCCCAGAGAUGAGUCCCUCACUGUAUACUUUGAAUGCACUGGACUGCAGUCUUCAGAGGAAUGAAGGCAUUUUGACUGUUGUGUUUCAGGUUGGUUUUAUCUGUUGAAACAUUACGAGUAUAUUUAACAUACUUGUGUUCUGCUGUUGUAAUUUAUAUAUGGCUGUGAUUUCGGUUGUACAUGUUCUCUUUUUUUUAGGAAAAACCCAAAAAUAAAAGUCAGGGAUGAGCCCGA